CAAAACCAUACUCUUCACCUUAUAAGAUACAUAACAAAGAAGCAAAGAAUAUUAAAGCAUCAAUGGAUGGUUUAAUACCAAUUGUGUUUAAGGCUGUGAAGAAGAACCUUACUCGCCGUCGUUACGAGCGUCUCUCCUCCACCACCACCACCACAACUCGUGAGUCUUGCGACGUUGAAAUGAACGUGGACGGUCACCAUCGACGUCGCUGGUCCAUAGGAGAUAUCUCAUCGUUAUCAAGCCGAGAAACAAAAAGAACCGGCGGUGGAGCUACGGAGAAGGGUUGUUCUCCGCCGGAAGGUCAUCAGCUCGUGAGGUAUAAGAGCCAUCGUUUGUUUUCUUGCAUCACAGGUCAAUAAUAUACUUAUCAAUUCAAGAAAAUACUAGUAAAUAUGAAUAUCUUUCGUGUUUUAGAUUACAAAAAAAAAAAAGCUAAAAAGAUGUGUGAUAUGGGUCAUGUACGCAUUAUGGUGAUGAUCUUCUCAUGUCGUAACGUUUACAGUGAGGGGGGUUUGUUGUGGAAAUGUAUAUUAAUGGGUCUUAAACGAGAAAAAAAAAACUUGUAUGGGUCAAGUGUCCAAAAGAAUCUAUAAUCCAAAGAAGACAAUGCCGCC